GAGAGAGAUACUUUGGGGGCUUUUUUUGUGAAUUUCUUCAAAAAAAAAAAGAAAAAGAAAAAAGAAAAGAAAAGAAAAAAGAAUAACCGCAUGGGUCUGAGCAGCGGUAGCAAGACUGUAUCAGCGUCCGCCUGCGCUCAGCUCAGGGCUGCAUAUCACGAUUGCUUCAAUCGGUGGUAUUCAGAUAAAUUCUUGAAGGGGCAAUGGGACAAAGAGGAGUGCGUUGCCGAGUGGGAUAAGUACAGAGCUUGCCUUGCUCAACAUCUAGAAGACAAACAUUUGAGAAGUAUCUUACUGGGAGCAGAAGCAUCUGGAUAUACUAAUACCAGUGAUGGUUUCAGUUCUGUGGAUACUGAUGGAGAUUUUCGACAAUAAUCAUACAUAAGAGGGGGAAAAGUCGACAUUUGAGAGCCACUAGUAGUCAUGAAGUGGUAAGACUCAUAGAACAGCUGGAAUGGAAACCCCGGAGCAAUCGGGCUUAGAUUGAUUAUCAGACAUUUGUAACAUUAUUUGAUGGAAAUGAAACAGGCUGAGCAUUCAAAUUGACAGUUGAAUUUUCUAUUGCAAGAAUGUGAUGGUGUAGUCUUAAAUGCUUUAGGAUGGAAUUUUCUCUUUGUGCA